UAAUCCCAUGUUUUAACACUACAAAAUGUGGAAAAAGUCAAGGGGUGUGAAGACCUUUUUGAAGGCACUGUAUUUCUAUAUUACAAUUAUGCUGCAUUUUACAGAACAAUUGCUGAACAUAAAAUGUAGGCUAAUCGGACUUACUUGCACAAAUCUUGAGCAUAGCUGAUAUUGUUGGUGAUGGUAGAAAAUGAAUGCAAUCUUAUGAAACUUCUACAGUGUAUAUGUAUUUGUGUGUGUGUGUGUGUUUGUCAUUAAGUGGUUUUUGUUUUUGUGUAUUUAGCUGAGGGAUGACAUCGCUGCCUAUUGGCGUGGUCCUCUGCCUAACAGCCUGGAUCACUCUCUACAAACUACUGUGUAAUAACAAUGAAAGCCGUGGCUUUGAGUGGAACUGUAGGCUGGUCACACUGCUCCAUGGCAUCCUGGCGGUCUGCAUAACAGCAUACAUAGGCUAUGUGGAAGGACCUUGGCCAUUCACACAUCCAGGCACAAAGAACACCCCCCUUCAGAUCAGUGCUAUGGUCAUUAGCCUGGGCUACUUCAUCUUCGACAUGGGCUGGUGUGUGUACUUCCGCACAGAGGGCCCGGUGAUGCUGGUCCACCACACAAUCAGCAUCCUGGGUAUCUUGUUGACCCUGAGCUUGGGGGAAUCAGGCAUCGAGUCCUGCGCCGUAAUCUUUGCUAGCGAGAUCACCAACCCCUUGCUGCAAGCUCGCUGGUUCCUGAGACAGUUGGGUCACUAUGAGAGCCUGACGGGGGAGGUGGUGGAUGUUCUGUUUGUAGUGCUAUUUGUGUUCAUGCGCAUAGUGGUUGGCGGGAGGAUGUUGUACUGCGAGCUCAUCUCCCCACGGCCCAGGUUCAUUAUAAAGUGUGGGGGAGUUGCCAUGUAUGUGCUGUCCUGGGUGUUCAUGGUGGACAUUGGUCGUUUCGCCUACCGCAAGAGUCAAUCCAAAUACAGACGCUGGAGAGACCAACACAGAUUGGCAGCAGUUAACGGACAUGACGGAAAGACCGACUGAAAGACUUCCUUAUCAUUAGAAGAUGAAUAACAACAUUCAAUGUUUAUACUAAUAGACAACCUUUAUACAUUUACUGGUUGUGUAAGCAUGGGGUUAAAGUCAACCCAUUCUUUAGGCCUAUAUGGUAAUAUUGGAAUAUUUGUUGGUAUUUAGCUAACACUUGUAAAAAAAAUUAAAACAAGUGCAAGAGAAUGUUGCAUAAGCAUCUUCAAAAAUGUACAACUGUAGCAAAAACAAUUGAGACAUAGUUUGUCUUUUGAAACCAAAGGACCUAGUGCCAAUAUGAUGAGCAGAUGUAUUUCACAACCUAUUUACAAUUAACUGUAACCUAAUAGUAUGUUCUUCUAACCUUGUAUCCAGCAAUACGUUGACUAUUGGUAAAUAGACACAUAACAUUCCCUAAUCCUCAUAGGUUAGGCCACACUUUGAGGCAGUGAAAUUUAACCGAAACUGUUUCUUUCCUUUUGCAGUAUUUUGUUGUUGUAUGCAGUAGUUUUUCUGCAGAAAUUCUACUUUUUAUAAAUAUUUUGCGUCAAAUUUUUCAAAUUUGAGUCUAAUUUGAAUUGUAGUACAAUUUAUAAGCCAUUUAAAAACAUUCCAUUUCGUUUUUAGGAAGAUGCUUAUUAAUGCUCGCUGAGAUUGCAGUGUUACAUGACACUGUCUUUUAUAUAACAUAAAACUCAGUUAAAAGCUACAUGUUUCUUGUGAUAACUGUCUUUCCAUUUAGCUACAAUAAAGGUUUUUCAUUAAAGUGCACAGCAACAACAAAUACGUAACGAUCAGUAACACGUGGAACAAAGUAAUUGUGUAACAUACUGUGAUAGUAUGUUUUUGUGGUAUUUCAUUGCUUGAUUGGUUGUAUAUUAGUCAUUGUAAAUUAGUUUAAAAUACCAAUUGGUAAACAACAAUUUGUGGUAAAUGUUGUGUGCAUGGAAUUGUUUAAAAUGUUCCAGUAUGAUGCUAAGUCACAUUUCCCAAUAUUGUAUGCAUUCAUAUUUGAAAUUCACUACUUUUCGAUGAAAUAUUUCAAUCUGGUGCCUAAAUAGUUAGACAAGGUGGAAUGGUAUGUCAACAUUCACCACCCCUGUGUCUUAGUUAAAAAUACCAAUGGGUAAAUGAUGAUUUGUGCUAAAUGUUUGUGCACUGUAUCGCUUAAAACGUCCCAGUAUGAUGCUAGAUCACAUUUCACAAUAUUGUAUGCUUUCAUAUUUGAAAUUCACUACUUUCAUAUGAAAUAUUUAAAUAUGGUGCCUAAAUAGUUACAGUAUGUGGAAUGGUAUGUCAACAUUCACUACCCCUGUGUCUGUGAUAAGGGAGAAUAAUAUAAGUGUGCCUUUGUGACUUUAUACGUGUUCAAAUGUAAUGUUUACUUUUGUGUGUUCAAUAAAUACCCUGAAUACA